CACCUUCGCAGAACCUCAGAGUUCCAAUGAAAAUCCAGAACCUGGAUCGCUUUAUCUAAACAGAGGAGGAAAAACCCAGAACCAAAAGAUUGUUUCUUUAUCUUCCUCUUCAUUGAAAAUGGCAACUUUAACUCUCCCUAAGCACACUGUUCCUUUUCUACUUCCACCUCAUACCCCCAGGACCAAUUCUCCUUCUCAUACUCUCUCAAUUCCUUCCAAAUCAUCACAUUCUCAGUUUUAUGGCCUCAAGUUUUCUUAUUCUUCAUCUGAGUCCAUUCCAUUUUCUUCAAGUUUGAAAUUUUCCAUUUCUGCUAAGGUGAAUAAAGGUAAUGUUCCCCCAGCAUUCACAUUGAAAGAUCAGGAUGGAAGGAAUGUGAGCCUGAACAAGUUCAAAGGGAAGCCUGUGGUCGUGUAUUUCUACCCUGCUGAUGAAACCCCGGGGUGCACAAAACAGGCCUGUGCUUUCAGGGAUUCUUAUGAGAAAUUUAAGAAAGCAGGAGCUGAAGUUGUUGGGAUAAGUGGUGAUGAUCCAUCAUCACACAAGGCAUUUGCAAAAAAAUACAGGCUUCCCUUUACAUUGCUGAGUGAUGAGGGCAAUAAGAUCAGGAAAGAAUGGGGGGUGCCUGCAGACUUUUUUGGAUCUUUGCCUGGGAGACAAACUUAUGUUCUUGACAAGAAUGGAGUGGUUCAACUCAUCUACAACAACCAGUUCCAGCCUGAGAAGCAUAUUGAUGAGACCUUGAAACUACUUCAAAGUCUUUAAACUGCUGUAAAGAUUGUCUUGUAUCUUCCUCCACCACUUACACUUGUUUUCUUGGUACUAGACAGAAUGGAGAGACUUUGGGAGUCUUUGCUUGUCUGGAAAACAAGAAGAAGAAUGAAGUGAUUCAGGAUAAUUACGAAACUAUUUCAAAUUAUUUAAAUUGCUGUAGUGAUUUUCUUUUCUUUGUGAUUUGAUUUAGACUAUCAAGUUGUAGGACUAUUCUGUAUUCAGGAUAAUUCAAUUUGGAUCUUUGCAACUUUGUGAAAUCUAUCAACUCUUCUUAUAAGGUUUUGAACGUACUCCACUGUUAUGAUUGAAAGGAACUAAUUAACUUCAACAUCUUAC